CCGCCUCCGAUAUCUCCCUCUUCCCUCUCUCUGGAUACGCUCAGGACUCCUUCAGCUGUCUCUGUUUUUCUCUGCACAACUAGCUCUUUCGGACUCGUUGCGACACCAAACUUUGAACACCAUCCCGAUCUUUUCGGCCCCGUACAUUUAGUGAACAGCCAUGAACUACGUCCAGCUUGAAAAACUUGGCGAGGGGACGUACGCCACCGUCUACAAGGGUCGCUCGCGAACAACAAACGAGAUCGUUGCCCUGAAGGAGAUCCACCUUGAUGCAGAGGAAGGAACGCCGUCCACCGCCAUCCGCGAGAUCUCGCUCAUGAAGGAGCUGAAGCAUGUCAACAUCGUCCGACUCUACGACGUGAUACACACCGAGACGAAGCUCGUGCUCAUCUUCGAGUUUUGCGAACGGGACCUCAAGAAGUACAUGGAUGUUCACGGCGAUCGCGGCGCCCUCGACCCCGUCACAGUCCGGAGCUUCAUGUAUCAACUUCUCAAGGGCACCGCCUUCUGCCACGAGAACAGGGUCCUUCACCGUGAUCUCAAGCCGCAGAACUUGCUUAUCAACCGGAAAGGCGAGCUGAAGCUUGGUGACUUUGGUUUGGCGAGGGCGUUCGGUGUUCCAGUGAACACCUUUUCCAACGAGGUCGUUACGCUGUGGUAUCGCGCCCCCGACGUCCUCAUGGGCUCACGGACAUACAGCACGUCCAUCGACGUAUGGUCAUGCGGGUGCAUCUUCGCCGAGAUGAUCUCUGGAGUCCCUCUGUUCCGUGGACGCGAUAACCAGGACCAACUCCUCCACAUCAUGCGUAUCAUCGGCACGCCGGACGAGCGUGUGCUACGAAAGAUUGCUACUGAAGGGCAAACGGAAGGCCAAGCACAAAAGCAGUACCCUCGGUACCCGAAGAUUCCCUUCUCUCAGGUUUUGCCGAAGGCGUCCGCGCAUGCCAUCGAUCUCCUAGAACGGUUGCUCCAGUUCGACCCCUCAAAGCGUAUUUCGGCCGCGGAAGCGCUUACACACCCCUACUUCACCACCAACAUCGUCUACAGUCCGCCCAUCCCCUCCUUCAACGUCGGGGUCCUUCAGCCCACGUACAACUACGCACAGCAACAACAACAGCUCCAGGGCCCCCCAGCAGCUCAGCAGCAGCAACAGCAACAGCAGCCGGGCCCCUUCGGAUACAUGCCGGGCCAUCCGCAGCAUCCGCAAAUUGCUCUUGCUCAGCCGCAGAUUCAGGGUGCGCCCUAUGGAGUCCCGUACCCGCAACAGCAACAGCAGUUCCAGCAGAACGCCGCGAGGUGAAGUCGGAAGGAAGAGACGUUGGUCUGGCGUUGUAUGAUGAUGAAUGUGGUCGGUUAUGUCCCUCGUGUAUUCUCAUCGGUCAGGAUGGCUCUGUGUAUCUUUCGUUCGUGUUUGUCAGGCCCCCUCUCGUAAUCGUUCUGUCGUUCCAUUAGAUCUGUCUAGUAUUGUACAUUGACUCUUGGGCCUGGAGGUGUAAUAUAUACAUAGCAAGAUCGACGAGGUUCAUGUAGCCGUCCAAACUACUUUAUUUAUGACUACAGUCG